AUGGUAGAGUCAAAUAAAUCAGAAAUUUAUGAACUUUACAAUUAAUACUUUUAGGAUAAGAUAUUUAGAGUUUGAGCUAAUGCUUUUAUUAAUAAGGACGCCUAUUUCAAGAGAUUAUAUAAACCAGAAGAUUUAGAAGGUUUUGCUCAUAGAAAUAAAACUUAAAAAAAAAAUAGAAUGAAAUUCUUAAUCAAAAAAAAGUAGAAUUUAAUUAGAAUUAAAUAAAAGAAAGGUUUUAUGAAUACUUUAAUCGAUAUUUCUAUGUUUUUGCAAGUAUUAGAAUAAGUAACCCAUAUUGAUAAUCUAAUCAUAAAUAUUUAAAGUUUAAUUAUUCUCUUCAAAUUAUUUAUUGAAACAAUUCAUUUAUUUUAAAAUCUUAUUAAUAGUUAAAUUUUUUGA